CCUGUGAGAACAGCGCUCGCUCAGGGUCUCGAGGAUGGCGGAAUCAUGUCUUGACUGGAGUCAGACAGCAGCUCGAAUCAGCUUUACCCCCACCCCUUAUGCAAGUUGCGAGGAGCCCUUGGACAGUCAUACAAGAGCCGGUCACUCGGGCUUGUCGGAGCCCCUUCUCCUCCUAUGGUUUUUUGGGACCCCAUUUUUGUAGUUGGAAGCUUGGUUUCUGCGCGGAGUUGCUGAUUAUAUGUUGCUCUUCUGUGUGCGGUCCGCUAUGUGGGUCUGCGGCCAGAGUACUGUAUUCUUAGAAGCUGCAUUUUGAAACGAGGUGGUGGAGGUCUUGGCGCAAGUUUUCGCUGCGUUUAUUGUCCAUGCCGUCUGUUGCAAGGACGCAGGUGUUGGAGUUUCUGAAGCAGGUGCGCAAUGAAGGAGGCGUGGUGUUUGCGGGGCUAUCAGAGAAGGCCUGGUGCGGCACUGAUGAGAAAGCUGCUGAAGCUGCAUACGAAUUAGCGUGGGAGGAAUUACACGGAGGACCCUGGCAAAGCGUGUCUCUCGUAUGGCGUGAUGCCUUUUCUCUCUCCUGCUUGUCCUUGGCAUCAUGCCAUCACCACGCCAACCGGCCCGCAGAAGCUCUCAAAGUCUUAGAUCUUGGAUUGAUUAUAGGAGGACCGCAGUUUCGUGCGGAACUUGAUGCCGCGCUUCACAGUAUUGGCUCAACGAAUGGUCUCGAGGCGUCAAAUGGUACUGAAGGGUUACCGAGUAUGCAGGAUUUGCAUUUGAGAACUAAAAAUGAAGGGCAAAAGCUAAAAGAGGUUAACAACAUGUCCUUAUGAUCCGAGUUCGAUGCAUUCCAGCUGAAAAGCUGAGUACUCCCUUAUCAAUAGGUCGUUGGUGGAGUCUAUGAUGUGGGUCGGAGUAUGUGUGUGCUACCUGGUAAACUGUUUGAAGUUAGGCAAGCCGCGGAACCUCUUCCAUCUCAAAUCAGAAGCUGCAAAUCGUGUUUGGGGCUUUCCACCACCACUGCAUAAUACUUUUGAACGCUUAUAAAUUCCUGUAUCAUUCUUCACGGGAGAAGACAAAUCACAUAUGUUUGAACUGAAGACCCUAUUGCAAACUGUAGUAGACAUUUAUCUUGAUCAACCACUUCAUCUGAAUAUGUAUGAUCGACAGACAUCCCGCGACAAGACAUUGUUUCUUUUCGAAAUCUGAAAAUUCGAACACGAAACGAGAUGUGUUAUCACGAACGACGUGUGGCAAAAAUAUGAUAUGUCAUGUGAGGACAUGUAGAUGUCGAAAACGGAAUUUGGAUACGUCAGGAAUUGAAUGCUCAAUUGGCAGGCUCUCGGAACUUCCUUCUGUGUAAGAAUUCCUCCAUGAAUGUGUUCUGCCGGAGGUACCUGAAGUACUUGAAGAUUUGACUACUCAUCUAACUGCUAGGACUAGAUUAUCAUGACAACGCCCAUAUGUGCAAGGUCAAUUUGCAUCGCGCAGUUCCCACGUAAAGUAGUUUACUUAUGUUGUCCUCGAUCCUUCAUAUUAAAGAACGGUUGGAUUGUUGGGCAACCAUUCUUUUGUUGUGUUUCAUCUGGUUUAGAGAAAGUAGAUUUAGAUUUUGCCA